AUGGCAGCCAAGCAUCUCGAAGUGACGGUCAGUACGGUUGGGUUGGGCAGCAAGGCGCUCCUGAACCUCGGUUUCUGCUCGUCGGUCACCGUCAAUGGGCUGGAGAACCUGUUGAAGGCUUUGGAGGAUGAGGAGCGGGAUCGCGGAAGGGGAAUAGUCACCAUGUCGAACCAUAUAUCUACCCUAGACGAUCCCGUAGUCUGGGGGGUCCUUCCUGCACGCUUCUACCGAGACUCGCGGAGGACGCGGUGGACACUAGGCGCCGCAGACAUCAUGUUCACGAAUCCUGUAUUCUCCACCUUCUUCCGCUACGGUCAAGUCAUAGAGACUUUCCGCGGCAAGGGCAUAUUCCAGCCCGCCAUCGAUGACGCCAUUCAAAAGCUGAACCGCGGAGAGUGGAUACACCUGUUCGGCGAGGGCAAGGUGAACCAAGACUCGAAUGACAUCACCAAGCCCAAUGCGGGCAAGCUCAUACGGUUCAAGUGGGGAAUCGGGCGUAUCAUGAUGGAGGCACAAAGGCCGCCUGUCAUCGUACCUAUGUGGCUGACGGGCUUCGACAAGCUCAUGCCGGAAGGUCGUUCCUUUCCGUACAACUACCUCCCCAAACCCGGUGCGGCUCUCAGCGUCACGUUCGGAGAGCCCGUCCCUGCGCAAGCGGUACAGGACACGCUCGCGACGCUCGUCCAGGAGAAGCGCAUUCCCGAGCAUCCGAAAAGCGCCUCCGGGGGAUUGGCCGACCCGUCGCGACCUGAAGAAGAGCUCCGCAGCGCUUCUGUGGCCGGACAAGGAUGGCUAGGCACUCCCGUUGCACAAGCGAUGAACAGCGUGACGGGCACUCAGACGCAGAAUCCUCAGCGAGCGACCGAGAUCGCGAGAGUGAGGAGUGCGGUGACGGCUGUCAUUCAACGUAAGGUCGAAGACCUGGGUAGGCGUGUCCUGGGCUUGGAGAAGGCAUAGACGCUGCGGUAUCCUAGAUGCGGACUUGGAUCAAUCACCGUGUACUGGUCCGCUGCAUAUGCUAUUGUCUAAUGGUGAUUAUGUAUGUGACUGGUACACACCUGCCUUUUAUCUAUUCAUCAUCCC